AUGGAGCUUCCUUCUUAUUAUCAAAUUACUACAUUCAUAUUAGCCUUAUGGAUUGUAAAACUUGUCUUUAGAACUAUUAGAUCACUUAAUAGAUCUAAAGAAACUAAGUUCAACAUCAACCAUAACAAAAUACUCGAACCAUGUUUUGCUUUACCUUUCAUAGGCCACCUUCAUCUUCUGAGCACUAAAGAACCAUAUUUUAGAACCUUUUCAACCAUGGCUGAAAAAUAUGGUGCAAUCUUCUCCCUUAGGAUUGGUUGUCACAAAACCCUAGUAGUGAGUAGUAGAGAGAUUGCCAAAGAAUGUCUCACAAAAAAUGACAAAGUUUUUGCUUCAAGACCUAAUGUAGCUGCAGGGAGAUACAUGGGUUACAAUAAUGCUAUUUUAGCUCUUGCACCCUAUGGAGAUUAUUGGAGAAAUAUGAGAAAAAUUGCUACUAUUGAGCUUUUGUCAAGUCAUAGACUUGAAAAGCUAAAGCAUGUUAGAGAUUUAGAGAUAUAUUCUCUAGUGAAAGAUUUGUACACCUUUGUAAAAAAUUCAAAUGGUUUACAUGAAGUGCCUAUUAGCAAGUUUUUAGAUCAUAUGACAUUUAAUAUAAUUGUGAGGAUGAUAGCUGGGAAAAGAUUUAGUGGUGAGACAAUAAAUCAAGAAGAUAGUGAAGCAUGGAGAUUAAGGAAUGCAAUUAAAGAUACUACAUAUCUAAGUGGUGUUUUUGUUGUGGCUGAUGCUAUUCCAUUUCUUAGCUGGUUUGACUUUCAAGGGCAUGUGAGUUUCAUGAAGAGGACAGCUAAGGAAGUGGAUACUAUUCUUGAUAAGUGGUUGCAUGAACAUUAUAGAAAGAAAGAUGAGGGACAAAAUGGUAGUUGUGAAGAUGAUUUUAUGGAUGUGUUGAUAUCAAUGUUUGAAGAGGAUGAAGAAAUUUGUGGCCACAAACGUGAGGUAGUUAUCAAAGCAACAUCCAUGAUUCUUAUCCUUACAGGCUCAGGAAGCACAUCAAUAACACUAGUAUGGGCUCUUUCAUUACUUAUAAAUCAUCCAAAGAUCUUAAAAAAAGCUCAACAAGAAUUAGACACAAUCAUUGGAAAACACAAAUGGGUCCAAGAAUCUAACAUCAAAGACCUCAAAUAUAUUCAAGCCAUUAUCAAAGAGACUCUUCGACUAUACCCAGCAGCACCCUUAACAGGAAUAAGGGAAGCCACUGAUGAUUCCUAUGUAGCAGGAUACAAGGUCCCCAAAGGCACUCGUUUGCUUAUUAACCUAUGGAAGUUGCAAAGGGACCCACUAAUAUGGUCAAACCCUAAUGAAUUUCAACCUGAGAGGUUUUUCAAUAAUCAUGAUCACAUUGAUUUUCAAAAUUACGAUUUUGGGUAUGUGCCAUUUAGUUAUGGAAGAAGAUCUUGUGCUGGUUCAACACUUGGGUUGCAAGUGUUGCAUUUGACUUUGGCUAGGUUGAUUCAAGGGUUUGAUAUAUAUACAAAGGAAUGUAAUGAAGUUGAUAUGAGUGAAGGGUUAGGAUUGGCAUUACCUAAGGAAAAUCCACUUGAAGUUAUGCUUCAACCACGUCUUCCAUUAGAGCUUUAUGAAAGCCUUUGA